AUGCUGCCGUCUGGCCGAAACAGCCAGUGGUGCUACAUUGGUGUCCCUUGCUACUUGUGGACUUAUACCUUGCGUCAUGGCUCAAGUCUUGAAAGAAAUAAUUUCGAGCCAAAAGUUUUGCAUGGUGUCAAGACCUUACCGCACUACGAUGAGCUCCAGCGAAAACAAUUGGAACGACUGACGCCAAUUGUGAAGAAACAUUUCAUCUCUGUGGAGAUGGCUGGUCGCAUCCUGGAUUCUUUCUCCGAUGCGCGGAGUGGAAGAAUGUUAGAUGAUUUGAAGGCAUUGAUUGCCGAGCAAAGCGAGUCGCAGGAGGAUCGUUCCUGUCGUGCUGGCUUACAAGACUUCACUGCUUUGCCGAACUACUUAUCGAAGGAAUGGUGGGGUAAAUUAGAAUCUCGCGCCGCUGGAGUGUAUAAACUUGAGCUUUUGACUAAUUUUGCAGCCACUUUGGGUUUAAAGAAUCCAACGGAGGCUUCCUAUGGCGCUUUGGUGGCAUUGUCUUUCUAUGCGGACAAUGCUGAGGUGUGGCCAGAGUCGGAGCAGGUGAAUCUCUUGAGGACGCAUAAGGAACGCAUGCGUCGUUGGCUCACCAAGGCGCCAGGUCCCAAUGUCCGUUUGGAAAUUUUGCCUGAGAAUCCUGAGGAGAUUCCUGUUUCCUUAUUUGCGAAGGUUUUUCCGACGGGAUUGGUGCGUGGUUCACCGCAACUGAUGGAUGUUUCCAGGUUGCGCCGUUUGAUCGCUGAUUUUCGGUUGAGGGGACCGAAGGAUGGGACGGUGUCUUCUACUCCGUCCCUGCCUGCAAGUGGUCAGGUCGAUGCAAUUGCCUUGGUGCAUGCUGCCGCCACUUUGGUGGCGCGUGCGCAGACGCAGCCUCGACCGUCUGAAGUCGAUUUACCAGGUUUUCGAAUGCUGGACGUAAAGAGAGAGGAAGCACCGAUAGCACCGCCGGCCUUGGCAUUGGAAGACUUUGAAAAGCCAGCACCUGUGACGGAGAGCAAAGAGCCCAUGGCGAAUGUGGAUAAAUCUGCAAGCCAAACCCCCGGAGACGCAAUCGCUUCUCUUCGUGAGGAGUUAAAGCAAAAGGGAAAGGUGUCGCAUGCUGAUUGCAGCAGGGACGCGGGACAGAAACCGCGCGCUGCAGCUCCGAAAAAAGGUGCCGCCAUGGCUCGUCCAGCCUCUGCUGUGAAAAAGAUUCUCAAGCGUCCAGCUGCAAACAGGGAUGUCGGAGCGCGCGUGGUGGAUGAUCGCGCCGCUCGACGCGAGCGACUGCUUAAAAAAAUCCCUGAGAAAGUUUUGCGGAAGUAUAAGAAUGGAUGCUCUCGUUGCUACCACCGUGCGUGGUGCACUGUGAGCUGUUGGGCCAAACGUGGCUAUACCCUCGAGUAG